AUGUCAGAAACAGGACCAACGGUUAUAUUUCCAAGAAGUUUACCUUCAGAAUCCAAUUUCCUGGGAACCUUCAAUAAUGAUCGUAUAGACAAUUGUGACAGCAGUGGUGGAGGCGCCGAAAAAUUGGGAGGAACAUUAAGGACUGCACUGAAAACUGAGUACCCUGUACUUUCUGGUUCCGAGGAAAAGAUCACAAAGGCCUAUUGUACCGCAUGUCAAUGGAAUCAGCUCUCUUACUACAAGAGGGAACCCUGCUAUUUCUAUUACUAUUGGGUGGGACGUGAAUUCCGGAACGCCCUAAAUGGUAGGCAGUUAUCAGACCUUCUGAAGAAAAUUUACGAAACGCUGGGAAAUGCUGUCACUGGUAAGAAAUGUGAAAUUAUAUAUAAGGAUGUUCAAAGGGAUAUUUUUAAUAAUAGGGAAAAAAUAUUCCAUUAUUCCUUAGAUUAUAGUAUUGUAGAAAAGGGUUUAAAGGCAGGUAAUCCCAAUUGUGAUCUGAGUUGGUCGACUUACCGGAGUGGUGUUCUUUCAGCGUGCACGGCUGUAAGAGGAAAUUGUAAAACGGGACCCAAUGUAAGUGGUCAAUAUUGUAAAGAGUUCGAAGCGCAGUACGGGGCAUAUUGUGAUAUAGCGAAAGUGAUAGAACUGUACUGUAAAACAUCAAAUGAUAUCGAAACAGUAAGAACACAAAAUGAAGCAUGUUCCAGUGACAGGCAAAAACUGACGCAAGAGAAAUCUGCAUUACAAUCUGCACAAGAAAGAAUAGAGUCUGAAGCAAAAACGGCAUCCCUUCAAGCAGAGGCAAACUUAAAUAAAGCCACCACCAAUGCAACCAUCUCUUCUAUCCUUGGUACGUUAGCAACAAUUGGCGCUCCUUUCUUAUUAUACAAAUAUAAACCAUGGUCUUCUUUGUUUGGUAACCAUUCAAAGGGAAGAAGAAGAGGAAAAAGAUCUGCCGGAAGUGAAAUCGACACCUUUACAGAGGCUUCCAGAACAAAUUCCAUACUGGAUGCAAGCGAAAAUUCCACAGUACGAUCUGCUGCAUAUACAAGACAGGCGACCAGAGAAAGUGAAAAAACAAAUAAUAAUAAUACACGGGGUCGCGGGAUGGUAGGUUAUCAGAACAUGUAA